GUGAUCUUAGCCUCAAAAACACGUAGUCAAAAUGCAGAUCUUCGUCAAGACAUUGACUGGUAAAACCAUCACCUUAGAGGUAGAACCAGCUGAUACCAUUGAAAAUGUUAAAACUAAAAUUCAAGACAAAGAAGGUAUUCCCCCAGACCAACAAAGAUUGAUCUUUGCUGGUAAACAAUUGGAAGAUGGUAGAACACUUUCAGACUACAACAUCCAAAAAGAAUCAACUCUCCAUCUUGUAUUGAGAUUACGAGGAGGUAUGCAGAUUUUCGUCAAGACAUUGACUGGUAAAACCAUCACCUUAGAGGUAGAACCAGCUGAUACCAUUGAAAAUGUCAAAGCUAAAAUUCAAGAUAAAGAAGGUAUUCCCCCAGACCAACAAAGAUUGAUCUUUGCUGGUAAACAAUUGGAAGAUGGUAGAACACUUUCAGACUACAACAUCCAAAAAGAAUCCACUCUCCAUCUUGUAUUAAGAUUACGAGGAGGUAUGCAGAUCUUCGUCAAGACUUUGACUGGUAAAACCAUCACCCUUGAAGUUGAACCAGCAGAUACCAUUGAAAAUGUCAAAGCUAAAAUUCAAGAUAAAGAAGGUAUUCCCCCAGACCAACAAAGAUUGAUCUUUGCUGGUAAACAAUUGGAAGAUGGUAGAACACUUUCAGACUACAAUAUCCAAAAAGAAUCCACUCUCCAUCUUGUAUUGAGAUUAAGAGGAGGCCAGUAAAAUCAUGUACUGAUUUGUUUUUAAUCUUGAAAUUUAAAUUAUUGAAAUUACAAUAAUAAAUGUUUUAUUUGUAUCCUCAUUGUUAUUAAAGUACGACCUGCAAACAAAAAUAUUGCACUGUGAAAAUAGUAGGCCUAAUGAUAUUAGAAAGCAAUAGAAAUGUGGAGAUGUGUGAGAUAAAGAGGUGGCCAGUAAAAUCAUGUACUGAUUUUUUAAUCUUGAAAUUUAAAUUAUUGAAAUGACUAUAUUAAAUGUUUUAUUUGUAUCCUCAUUGUUAUUAAAGUACGACCUGCAAACAAAAAUAUUGCACUGUGAAAUGAAAGGUGAGAAAAUGAGCAGAGAUGAUGUCAGGGAGAUAAUUGAUGAAGUUGAUGAUAAUAAAGAUGGCCGCUUGGAUUAUAAAGAGAAAAUUGACUAUAAGGAGUUUUGUAACAUGAUAAUAGCUACUACUGAAGAUUGUAAAAAAUUAUCAAUGAAAGUAAUGGAGAAAAAGGAAAGAAAAAAACAAAGGAAAUCUGAUGAACGAUCAUCUUCAAGAAGAGAAUCUCAAGUAAAGUCUGUUUCUCAACUCUCUUUAAAAUCUAACAAAACUGAUCGAGGGCCAGUUUAG